CUCAAUCAUCAAAUCAGGAUGUUUGUUCUCAUCUGGGCGACUCUGCUUUUCUCUGUGAGAGACAACAAUGCUGUCACAGGUGAAUCGGUGGGGGAAAUAACAAGGUGUGACAGAGGAUUCUGUAUCACUCUCAGAAGAGGAGAAGUAACAGCAGAGGCUGGACUCUGUGUUGUGAUACCGUGUUCUUUCACUACUGAUUAUCGCUUUACACCUCAACAUAUGGUGUGGUACAAAUGUGAACCAUCUAAAUAUAGAUGUGUUGAUUCAGACGUGAUACUCCACACUAACAAGAACAACAAAAAAGUUCAGUCUGGGUUCAUGGGAAGAGUUUCACUGUUGGAGCCUGACGUGAGUCAGAGGAACUGCAGCAUCAUCAUCAAUGACCUCACUGAGUCAGACUCUGGAUCAUAUCGGCUCAGAGUUAAUGGUAUCCGGAAUGACACAAGUGAUGGAUUUACAUUCCAGCUAAGAUCCAAUGUCUCUGUUAAAGGUCUGACCCAGAAGCCCACAGUGAUGGUUCCUCCUCUGACAGAGGGACAGCAGACCACACUGACCUGCACUGCUCCUGGUCUCUGCUCUGGAUCUGAUCCUAACGUCACCUGGACGUGGAGAGGAGCAGGAGAAAAGACCUCGCACAUCACAGGAAACAUCACUGCUUUCAAGACUGAGGAUCUGACUGCUGUCACAAACAGACACAGCUCAACUUUGACCUUUAACCCUUCAGCUGAACACCACGGCUCCAACGUCACCUGUAAGGUCAGCUUCACAAACAUCAUCACUACAGAAGAGACAGUGACUCUGAAUGUGACCUGA